AAGAAGAGGAGAUUUAUAUUUGAAAACAUGUUAUUAAGCUUAGUAGAUUAUUAAUUAGAACAUGAGAAAACAUUCGAGAGAGCAGAAAAGUUUGAAAUAUUAGAGAUAUUUGAAAAACAAUUCAAAAUUAAGAAAAAUUUUAAAACCUUUUUUAUUGAGACUGCUACAUUAUUAUUAAUUACAUAAUUAGAAGCAGGAGAAAGUAAGAGAAAUUGAGGUAAUUUUUUGUUUAAUUAUUAAAAAAAGAAAAUGAUGAACCGAUAUUAAUUGAAUUGCUUAAAAUAUUGAUAACAGGAAUCAGAUGAAAGGAUAAAUGGCA